AAUGCAAACAUAUGUUGACAUUACAUGCUUUUGGUUUAAGACUUUUUAAUGUGUCCAUCACAAAAUGAUGUGACCACACAAUCUUUUGUUUCUUUUUUCUGUUGUUUUGUAAUUAUGUACAAAUAAGCCAGUCCCCCCAAACAGUCAACCAAACAUUUGGUUAUUUUUUAUUGUUUGGAGUACAGUACAUAAAUUGCACUGGUUUUAUUUAUUUAUUUAUUUUUUUAAUAACAUAUUGGUACUGUAUCAUGGGAGGCCUGCUGUAUGCAUUGAGUGCUGUAUUUUACGUGAUUUUAACUGUCACCCAUUGCAGUAAACAAAGUACUAGAUGAGUUUGAAAGAGACCUUACAUAAAUACAGUUGUACUUUUACUUGUAAUAUAAUAAGUAAUUAGUAAUUAGUGCUGCGUGUAGUCUUGCCACGUCCUGACUGACAGUGUUAAAUGUUUAUGAAUUCCGAGCUUUGUGGUAGCCCGUGAACGUGUCAUAAUUCAUAUCCAAUGAGACCCCUCCCUGUCCACCGUGUCCCGGUCGUCUCUCCUUUCGGCAGCAGUCGCGCCUUCUCGCGUUAGCUUCCAUGGCGACCAGCUCGAGAAACGCGUUUUGUGCAGCCGAGCCGCCGGUUAGCUCCCAGUAGAGAGCUAACGGGCCCGGGAACAGACAGGAUGAUGUAGCGGAGCAACUAACUCUUCGGACGAACUGCGCAGUACGUCGGCAUGCUAAGCUAACGCGUAACGACAGCGAGCUAACGCAGGCUAGCGAUUCACCUGCAGGCUAAGCAGCCGCAGCCGCAAGCUAACAGGAUGGAAAGUGCGAAGGAGAACGAGUCCGGAGGGAUUUCAACUUCAGCAACUCCUGAUUUCAGCGGAGACUGUAACUCCGUGAAGCCGACGGGAUUAACGUCACUGCCUGCUGGGAAGAGAGCCUCCAUCGGGGAGGACGACGGUGGCGGCGCAGAGGCGAAACUCUUCGGGAAGGGACUAGCGGCCACCUCCCUUCUCCAGAUCGCGAUACGGAAUGGGAUCUAUCAGAACCAAGUUGCCAACGCGAUCAGCGGCGCGGCGAAAAACGCCAGCAUCCCGUCCGUGAAGGCGGCCAGCGUGUACAGCCUGACGUCCGUCAGCAGCAGCGCCUCCGUCAACUCUCUGCUGAGCCGGAGGCGGCAGCGGCACAAGAGGAAUCUGUCGCUGGGGGCUCCGCCGGCCGCCGGCUCGCUCGGGCUGUCCGCUGCCGAACCGGCCGGUGCCGCUGCCUCCGUGUCGCCGCUCAGCACCCUCAGCCUGGACAGGAAGACCUUCCUCCGGCAGAAGCAGUCGAAGCAGCUCCAGGCUUCGGAUAAGACAUGGGUGAGGUCGGACCUCCGGCGGGGCUGCGUUCACGUUCACGACUGGCUCACGCCCUCUUACCCGCGGCCGGUGCUGUGCACAGUGGACACGACGGCCGAGGAGGUCGCCAGUAAGCUGGAGGGCAGCAAAGCUGGAGCUGUGCUGAGAAUUAGCUGCAAAACAGCGCCUUCAGUCGAUUUGAAUCAUAGGAAGGAGCAGACUGAUGAGGAUGAUGAAGGUCCCUGUGAGGGUGUGGAUGUCAAAAGCCCCAAAGCAGACGAGGGCGAGCUCUCGAAGCAGUCUAGCCCUGAUACUAAACUGUCUUCCAACCUACUGGAUGAGAAAAUGGUGAGUAACUCUUCAUCGGAGCUUUGCCUCAAUGACAUGGGGCUGGAUUUAAGCCCGAGUGUGGCGGACUGUUACGGCGUCUACUCGGGGUCAGACAUGGAGAGCAGCACCUGUGAGGACUUCAGCCCAGGCGGACCCAGAAGCACAGAGCACCGGGACUCGCUCAGUGAUGGCCUGGGUUUGGGUACCGACUCAUCUGUGUUGAGCUCGAACUGCGACAGCGCCACAGAGGGCCCGGAUCCGUUUGAGAGCUCCUCGGAUGAAGUGGACCUGGCCUCUUCCCCGACGCACACGGCAGCAGGCCAGCAGGGAGACCCAGCCCCCGGCACCGACGAGCCUCCCAGCGCUUCCAGCCGAGGACUGGACGACGGCACUGAAACUGGAGCCGCGAGCAACACGGACGAUGCAUCGAUCAGACCUGCCAAUAGAUGCUCCAGCAGCUCCCAGGCCCGGCCCUUGUCCAGCCACACAUCUGUCCAGCCUGACCUGCAGAUCCCUGGGGGGAGCAGGGUCUGGCCGGAGCCCAUCAGCACCAGUCCCACUCCGGCCCUCUUUGUGCAGCUGCACGGUGGAGCAGUUCGGCGGCUGCGAGACGAGGAGAGGCCUCUUCAGAUAUUAAACGAGUACCUCAUUAAUCUGGGCUUUGAAGAUGCGUGGAGGGUGCAGGAGGAGGGGAUGAAUCCAGAAAUAGGCUGCCUGAUCCGCUUCUACUUCGGUAAACCUCGCAGCGUGGGUGGUUCCGAGCGCGUGCAGUUGUCCGGGGUCUUCAAUGUUCGGAAAGGGAAGCUGGCGCUGCCGGUGAACCGCUGGUCGAAGCGUCAGGUCACUCUCAGUGGAACCUGCCUCAUUGUCUCGUCUGUGAAACACGCCCACACUGGCAAAAUGCACAUCCUCCCACUCAUCGGAGGCAAGGUGGAGGAAGUGAGGAGACACAGCCACUGUCUGGCUCUCAGCUCUGCUGGUCCCCAGAGUCAGACCUACUACAUCAGCUAUGAAUCCUACACGGAGUGUCUCCGCUGGCACAGGACGACCUCAAAGGUUGCGUCUCAGAGGGUGAACUCCGUGGAUGUGUCGUGCUGCAGCCUGGAGGAACUGCCCACACAGCUGUUUUAUAGUCAGGACCUCACCCACCUCAACCUCAAAAACAACUUCAUGUCCCCUCACAAAGGUGUUCCAGCUCUCACCAGGUUUUGUAAGCUGAGAAGCCUCAGUCUGUCCAAUAACGCCCUGUCUGAGUUACCUCUGGCCCUGUGUGACAUCAUCUCUCUAACGGAGCUGAACCUCUCUGGAAAUCGUCUCUCGUCUCUGCCUGCAGAGGUCGGAACCAUGCACAACCUGCAGACUCUGCUGCUGGACGGUAACUUUCUGAGCUCUCUGCCUGUGGAGCUGGGCUCUCUGGAGGCCCUGACCUACCUCGGCUUAUCCUUCAACUGCUUUAACUGUGUCCCCCCGGUCCUGGAGAAGCUCAGAUGUGUGGAGAGACUCUGCUUGGCAGGGAACCAGCUCUCUGUCCUGGACAUGGCCAGACUCCAGUGGCUGCCUUCUCGCCACAUUGAUCUCAGGCUGAACCAGCUACAGAAGGUGACGGUGGGAGACUCAGAGCAGCUGACUCACAUCAUCCAGCUGGACCUGAGAGAUACUGGUCUUGGUGCUCUGGAUGUCAGGCCUCUCUGUCGGCUGGAGCUCCUACACUGUGACAGAAACUCUCUGGCUGUCCUCAGAGUCAGUGGCCACGCUCUCAAAAGCCUGCACGCCGCACACAACGAGCUGAAGCAGCUGGAGGUGACGCCUGUCCCAGAAAACGUAACCUCUCUGGAUCUGUCCUGGAACAAACUAGAAUGUGUCCCUGACUGGGUGUGUGAGAGCAAAAGGCUGGAGGUGCUGGACAUCAGCCAUAAUUCUGUUACAGAGCUGCCCAUAAGGCUGCUGUCCAGUGGGAGCCUGAGAAAACUGCUGGCAGGAUGGAACGCACUUUGUCAGAUGCCCGAGAGGCUGGAGAGGUCUCAGCUGGAGGUCCUGGACCUCCAACACAACUGGAUCACAGAUCUCCCACACAACCUGUUCAUCAAAGCACAGAGCCUCCGGUACCUGAAUGUGUCAGCCAACAGGCUGGAGAACCUGCCCACAGCCAGCUUGUCGGAGGACAGUUGCAGCAGUCUGGAGGAGCUCUAUGCGACCAAUAACAGCUUGUCAGACAAGUGCGUCCCACUGCUGACGGGACACGGGCUGCUCAGGGUGCUUCAUGUCGCCUACAACAGGCUGCAGACUUUCACUGCCAGUAAACUGGCACGACUGGAGCAGCUGGAGGAGCUGGACCUGAGUGGCAACAGGCUGAGGGCCGUGCCCACCACCAUCCUGAGCUGUCAGCGCCUGCACACGCUCUCGGCCCACUCCAACUGCAUCAACUCAUUCCCUGAGGUGCUGCAGCUGCCUGAGAUCAAGUGCGUUGACCUGAGCUGCAACGAGCUGACUGAGGUCACACUGCCAGAGACGCUUCCGCCAAAGCUGCAGGAGUUGGACCUCACAGGAAAUCCCCGCCUCAACCUUGACCACAAGAGCCUGGAGCUUCUCAAUAAUAUCCGAUGUUUCAGGGUCGAUCCGUCACCUUCUGCUCAGAGUGUGGGCGAUGGCCACGGGGCCCCUGCAGUCUGGAGCAACGGCUACACUGAGGCCUCCGGAGUCAAAAACAAGCUGUGUGUGGCUGCUCUGGCCUUGGACAGCUUCUGCGGGAUUCGUGAAGCCCUGUAUGGAGUUUUUGAUGGAGACAGGAACGUGGAGGUGCCUUACCUGUUGCAGUGCACUAUGGGAGACGUGCUGGCAGAGGAGCUGCACAGGGGUCCAAGGCAGGAGGACUACAUGACUAAUACCUUCCUCACCAUGCAAAGGAAGCUGGGCACCGCUGGCCAGAGGACGGGCGGCUCAGCAGCUCUGUGCCACAUCAGGCACGACCCGGUGGCUCCCGGCGAGCACGGCGGCUGCUUCACCCUCAAGGCCGCCAACGUGGGCAGCUGCCAGGCCGUUUUGUGCCGAGACGGCAAAGCUAUGCAACUCUCCAGCGUCCACACCGUCAGGGAGCAGGCUGAGUACCGGAGGGUCCGAGGCCACAACGCCAUCAUCACAGAGGAUAAUAAAGUCAACGGAGUAAUCGACUGCACCAGAAUUAUGGGUUACUCCUUCCUGUGCCCUUCUGUGACCCCCCGACCCGACGUUUCUACAGUGACCCUCACCCCACAGGAUGAGUUCUUUCUUUUGGGCAGCCGUGGCCUGUGGGACAUGUUGUCUCCCAGCGAGGCAGUGGAGGCCAUCAGGAACGUGCCAGAUGCUCUGGCUGCUGCCAAGAAGCUGGUGACUCUGGCUCAGAGCUACGGCUGCUCCGACAGCCUCAGCGCCGUGGUGGUCCAGCUCAGCAUCACCGAGGACUGCUGCUGUUUCUGCGAGCCGCCGCCGCCCCCUCCCAGCCCCGGCCCGGCUGCGCACAGCAGCGCUCACAGCUUCUCGGCCUGCGGCGACGGGGGCGUCCCGCUGCCGCCCGCCUCCUCGGGAACGGUGAGCGAGCUGAGCAGCGAGUUCAGCACGUCGGAAAUGAGCAGCGAGGUGGGAUCCACCGCGUCGUCGGAGGAGCCGCCGCCUCAGGCCGAGCCCGCGACGUCUCACCUGAACCUGCCAGGCCGAGCCAGUGUGCGGAGACCUGCCUGUGGAGGAGCUGCUUUCCAGAGGCAGUUCUCUGGAGCGCUGUCUGACAACGGGCUGGACAGUGAGGACGAGGAGCCCAUCGCCGGCGUCUUCUCCAACGGCAGUCGUGUGGAGGUGGAGGCUGACGUCCACUGUCUGCUCCGUCACGACUGCUCCGUACGCCCAGCGCAGAUUAAUGCUCCACCAAACACAAACCUUCCUCCCGCUGGGGCCCUGCCUCACGAGCCUCCGCCUCCUCCACCCCUCUCCUCCCAGUCGUCCUCACCCGUCCCUCCGUCCUCCCCCUCUCUCGGUGGGGAGGCUCGGUCGGGCACUCUGGGCCGCCGGGCUCGGGCCAACGGCUCGGUGGCCUGCCAAGGGAGGAGCCAGGACCUCAUAGAGGAGGCGGCCGACGCGCCCGUCAGGAAGCAGGGGGGCUACUUCAACGCCCCCGCUCAACCGGACCCCGAGGACCAGCUCAUCAUCCCUCCAGAGCUGGAGGAGGAGGUUCGGCAGAUCAUCCAGCAGCAGCAGGAGCAGAUGCAGACACACAACCAGCAAGCAAACGGCUACCAGACACAUUUUGUCACACCGCUCUAACUUCUGCCUCGCGUCUGGCUUCAUCCAGGGAUUCAGUGUGGAAUCAGGACUGACCGUUCUGUCGCUUAUGCACCAGAGACUGUUUAUUGUUAUAUUUUUGUUACUUUCUUCUCUACUGUUAACUCUAUGGCCCUUAAAACACAAUGCAAUUUUUAUAACAUUUUAUGUUGACACAAUUUUUACCAUCUCUCUAAACUGGAGAAGCAUUUUGACUGCUUUUUAUCAGCCAUCUGAGAAGAGUCCUGUGUUAAAUGGUACUUUGAGACCCUUCUGCUUUGUGUUGUCGUAGACAUUUCCCCCGUUGGUCUUGGCUGAGCCUUACAGCGGUUAGUGGGUUGUUCUGCUAACGCUGAGGAGCUGAUUACUUCUAGAGUGACCUAGUCACUGAAGCGUACUGAUAUUCUCUGAGAGAAGAGACGAUUUGAUUCUGAUUUGGGUGUGAUGCUGCGGUGGUGAGUGAUCAUGAUGGAUCCUACAGUUGGUUACAGCUCAGUGAAUGUUCUCAGAACAGUGUUAAAGACUUAAUUAUGAUUACAAAUCGCACAACAAAGCUACUUUUGCUAUAUGAUAAAUUAAAGUUUUCAGAUAACCACA